UCAUCAAAUAAAUACUUAUCUAAGAUGCGAAAAAAUCAACAUGAAUAAACAGCCAAUUAACAAAAAUAAUAUAAGACGGAUUUAUUUCAUAAAAAUAGAACUGUGACGAAUUCACACAUACUUUAUUCGCGAAAAAUAUACUUUGUGACUAAUGUUCAAUAGCUCAUUGUUUUCGUUUCUCUCGCCUGAUAAUGGAAGAGCGUAUUUAACAUUUUCAAUUUAUUGUUCAUGGCAUAUUUUUCCUUGUCCUACACUUGUCCGAAUUUUGUGGUUGGGUCUGCCCAAUAAAUCCAGUUUUGAUUGCUUACACAUUACGAUGAUGGAUGUGUAUAUAAUACAGUUUUCGAGUCCAUUUCCCUUUCGCUUGAGGAUAUUUUUCAGAAUGAAGUUAUUAUUAAUAUUAGUCACUGUCGUGGUAACAGUUUGCUUGCAGUGUGAGGCGAAAACUUUUACAGUAUGCGAGCUGGUUCAUGAGCUGAGGAAGCAAAAAUUCCCAGAAAACGAAAUGAGAGACUACCAAUUUUUAAUACCAGAGGUUUGUCUCGUGGAGAUGGAGAGCACGCGUCGCACCCACGUCACUGGGUCUCCAAAUAGUGACGGCUCCAAGGACCACGGCCUCUUCCAGAUCAACGACCGCUACUGGUGUAACGAUUCCAACGUUCCCGGGAAGGAAUGUCAUGUUACUUGCGGCCUGCGGAUGGGCGGCGCGGGCUGGGCGCGCGGCGAGGCGCGCGUUGCAGACGACUCCGAUUUUGAGACCUUAAAGAAACUCCUCUCUUCCUCUGAAGGCUGGACACUGGAGUAUGAGAAGGACGGCGUCAAGGUGUGGGCGGAAGAUGCUGCACACGGCGCGCUCAGAACAGUCAAGCAGGAUUCGAACUUCGGAUUGAAGAUGAGGCUCCGAAACUAUACUUUCUACAAGGUCCACUAG